UUUUUUCUGCUAGUGAGUUGCCGUCAUACUUCCCCAUACCCCAACAUUUGGAAAUGUCAUUUCUGCCUUGUCCUCCAAAGAAGAUAUUCUUCUGCUGCCUAGAGGCACCUACUUCACAAGGAGGCGAAACUACACUCUGUGAUUUCAAAAAAGUAUAUGAUCAGAUGGAUCCAUCAGUACGAGAUAAAUUUGAGUCAAAAGGCGUAGCUUACAUUAGAAAUUAUUCAUCAGUGAAGCCUUUCCUCUCACAGCCAUUGCAGCUUAAAGGAUGGAGCGCUGUGUUUGAGACAGAAAAGAAGGAGGAAGUGGAGAAGGAAUUAAGAAGGACUAAUAUGGACUUCAAAUGGGGUGCUAAUGAUCAUUUAUGUAUUACUAACAAAGCUUCGGCAGUUGAAGUCCAUCCUGUUACAGGAGACAAGAUUUGGUUCAAUCAUCUUUCAAUAUUUCAUUGGGCUAUGCCCUAUCAAGAGUAUGGCUAUAUUUUUAAGCGAAUGAGAAAAAUCUUCUACCUUUUCCUGACAAUUAUAUCCUGGAUAAUACAAAACAUCUUUGUUGCAAUUAAAAAGCCAGCAGGUAUGGGAAUGCAUACCAUGUUUGGAGAUGGUAGCGAGAUUCCAUUGUCUGACGUGUCUCAUGUCAGAGAGAUCAUUCACAAGAAUAUGGUGUUUGAUAGAUGGAGGAAAGGAGACCUCUUGAUGAUUGAUAAUUUUCGUGUUUCUCAUGGAAGACAGCCUUACAGUGGUAAAAGAAAGAUAGUUGUGGCCUGGAGUCAUCCAUUGUUAAAACCGAGCUUAAAAUAACAUUAUG